GACUUGGAAGUCAUGACACGAGCCUUCGGAUUCCUUCGGAUCCCAGCCAUUUGCCGGCCAAGGUCCUCUACUGCUGGGCCUUCCCAACCUUUUGGCGCGGCUUUCGCCGCGGGCGCACCGAUCUCAGCGACCUGCCACCGGUGCCACAGAGGGACUGACAUUCAAAAUCUGGUGAUGUCUGGCGUCCACUCGGCGCAAGAUCGGCCUUGGCUCCGGCGCAAGAUCUUUCGGGUCACAAGAGCCAAUUUUAUUCAAGCCUUCAUCUGCAAGGCGACGACCGGUACCUGGUUGCAGCCCAUCAUCCUCCACAAUCUUCUACAGAAGCUUAGUCUGCCCGAAGACGAGCGGAAGGAAAAUCUCACGGCCAUCCUCAUGAAUGCCUUAGGCCUGGCUUUCACCGUGUGCCUGGGCCAUCCUAAGAUGGCCCAAUGGAUCUUUGCAGAGUACAGCUGGACGGUCUUCGUGAGGGCGGAUUUGCAGGCGCAAGUUCUUCUGCAACACUUGGUGUAUCGCAAGAGUGCCUCAGAUUCCGGAUGUUCCAUGAUGUUCCGGAUGGCUUCCUCUCAGGCGUGCCAUGAGAUAAUCACUGGAAGGGAAGACGAGGAACAUGACGUGCAACUCUCCUUCUUCCACUUCUCCCACUGUCAAAUUGUCUUGGCCGUGGUCACCUUGGGCAUUGUGGCGUGGCACCUCACCAGCCUCAUUGGCUCAGCGGGCAUCGUGGGGAUGUUGACGAUUCUUCUCUUCGCCCCCCUGCAGUUCUUCCUGCAGCGGCGCCUGAAAGUGGCAGCCCAGUGGAUCCAGGAGGCUCGAGACGUUCGUGGCCGCUUGUGCAAUCAAUUCCUGUCGGCCAUGCGGGUGGUGAAGUGUUUCUCCUUGGAACCCAUGGCCACCGAGAUGCUUCACGAGGCUCGAAACUGGGAGCUCCAAGCGCAGUGGUACAAGCGCAAGGUCUUUCCGGCAAUGAAUUUCUUGGGUAGCACAGUCAGUCUGUUUGGAACGAUCGCCUCCUUCGUUUGGCUGGAAUUGGUGUUGGAUCGUCCUGUAGAUGCCGCCAUUGCCUUCACGGUCUUAUCCUGGAGCAGUUUGCUGAAGGAAAAUCUCAUGUCGGUGCCCAAUCAGAUUGCCACCCUACUGGACUGCUACGUCAGCGUGUACCGAAUCCAACAGUUGUUGGCCUGUCAGGCUGAUGACACCACCUGGCUGCGCAGAGAUGGCCGCGAGGAGCACCCAGAUGAAAUGCACGGCGAUGCGGAUUCUCUUUUGCAGGACUGCGACGUCGGUUGGCCCAUCGAGGACUCCGAAAAACCAAGCUGUCGCGGAGUGCAGAAGUUGUCCUUGGAGGUGAAACCAAAGGAAUUGCUGUUGAUCUCGGGUCCUAUCGGUGCAGGGAAGAGCACCUUGCUGGAAGCCUUCACCGGGACGCGGCCACAACUCUCGGGCAUCUGUCGGAAACGAGGUGGAUCCAUGGCCUAUGUCGCUCAACGACCUUGGCUUCUGAAUGGCACUUUCUUGGAGAAUUUGCUCUUUGGGCUGCCCGAAGAUCCUCAGAAACUGCAAGACACGCUGGAGAGUUGUGCCCUGCUGCAGGACUUGGACUCCCUCCCCUCCGGGCUUCAAACCCUGGUGGGUGAAGAGGGCGUCCAGCUCUCGGGGGGCCAGAAACAGCGUCUGGCCCUGGCGCGGGCCGUGUACAGCGGCUCGCGGGUGGUUCUGAUGGACGACGUGCUUAGCGCCUUGGAUGCCCACGUGGGUCGCCACGUCUUCGAGAAAGUGAUCUGUGGCCAGCUGCGCGGCAAGACGCGGCUGCUGGUGACGCACCAGGUGCAGUACUGGUCGCAUCCGGCGGUGACCAGGAUCCUCCUGCUGCGUGCCGAUGGCACCUGCGGCUUCCUGGGGACCUAUCAGCAGCUGCAGAGCUCUAUCGCUCCGAACGCCGGGCCAGGCGAAGUGGCAGAAACUGCGGCGGAGGGAGAGGAGAAUGGCGAUCUCAAGCCGCAACCGACCACUGGCAGACUUGGAGGCAACAGGUUCCUGGAUGCCCAGGAGCAACGUCGCGUGGGGCGCAUUCAAUGGGAGGAUUUGGUCGCCUAUGCACGCGCCUGUGGCGGCGCGGGAGGCGUUUUCAGCAUCGCUUCGUUGAUUUUGGUCUACUAUGGCGCUCAGUUGGCUUCCAGCCUCCAACUGGCCGUUUGGUCCAACGCCAACAUCCGCGCGGAGGAGAGUGGCCACCCAGAGGCCAGGGAUGCAAGCCGACGCUAUCUGGUCAUGUACGUGGCGUUGUGCUUGCUGACGGGUGUCAGUUGCUUCAGCUUUUUCUUUGGAAUCCAAUUGGUGGCGUUGAGGGGCUCCAGAAGACUGCAUGACAGCUUCAUGGAAGGUCUCCUCUACACCCAGUUGCGCUUCUUCGAUCUGACGCCCACGGGCCGUGCCCUGAAUCGAUGCCUCAAAGAUAUGGCCACCAUCGAUGAUCGAAUGCCGGCGGCCUUCCGCGAACUCUUCGAGUCCUUCAUGAACGUUUGCAUCUCUGUGCUGAUCAUCAGCCUCUUUGCGACGCCCGCCUUGAUGGUGGUUCCUCCCUUUGUGCUGGUCUACUGGCUGACCAUGAAGGUCUACCGCUGGCCUGCGCGCGACUUGAAACGUCUUGAAGGCACUUCCAGAUCGCCCGGAAUGAGUCAUUUCGCUGAUUCCAUCAAGGGUGCCAGAACCAUCAGGGCCUUUGGUCAUGAGGCGCGUUUCCUGGAGAGGAAUUUGCAGUUGCUGAGCCAAAACCAACUGACGACCUAUUGGUUUUGGGUGGCUCAAGCUUGGAUCUCCUGCACUCAGGAAGUGUUGGGUACCUUUGCCCUGGCAGUGGUGGCUGGGAUCAUCGGUUAUCGCGCCUACCUGGGGCUGCUGAAUCCAGGUUUGGCUGGCUUGGCAUUGACCUACUGCAUCAGCAUGCCAAGGACGGUGAUGUUUCUGAGUCGCCGUGUGGCCACCAUGGAAGUGGAGUUCGUUUCCAUCGAGCGCGUCAUGGAAUACACCCGGCUGCCCCGCGAGGCGCCCCAAACGGCGCCGCCCCACGGAGACGGCGCGGAGGAAACGCCGCACGGUGCGGCGGUGCUGGCGGAGGGGCUGUAUCUGCGCUAUGAGGAUGAUGGACCACUGAUCUUCAAUGGCCUAUCUCUAAGUAUCCCCAGUGGAAGUUCAUGCGCGCUGGUGGGCCGGACGGGCUGUGGCAAGAGCAGCUUCCUCUCGGCCCUGGUUCGCUUGUAUCCUCUCUGCGGUGGCAAGCUCUACCUGCAUGGACAGUUGGUGACCUCCCUUCCGCUACCGAAGCUGCGGUCCAUGGUGCGGGUGCUUCUACAGGAUCCCAUUUUCUUCACCGGGACGAUCCGCUCCAAUCUCCUGUCCCGGGCGCCGUCGGCUGCAGCGAUGGCGAACGAAGACGAGGUGCUCUGGCAGCAGCUGCGGCAAGUGGGUCUGGAGCCCCGGAUCCGUUCCUUGCCCUUGGGCCUUGAUGCUCAGGUGGAGGAGAAUGGGCAAAACUUCAGCCAGGGCGAGCGGCAGCUUCUGUGUCUGGCGCGUGUGUUGGUGGAUCCAGCUCUGUCCCAUCCAUCCGCCCACGGGCCCUCUCUGGCGAAGCGGGUGCUGCUGUGCGACGAACCCACGGCGGCCUGUGACCUGCAGACGGAUCAACAGAUCCAUCAGACCCUGCUGCACGACCUGGACCAGGAGUGGACCUUGGUGGUGGUGUGUCACCGACUGCAAUACAUCCGGGAGUUCCAAGAAGUCUUCGUCUUCGACGCCGGUCAAGUUGUUGAGCAGGGGUCUCCACAGCAGUUGCUGAAGCAGGCCGGGAAUCUGACCAAGAUGUGUCAGCAACAAGGAGUCCUAUAG